AUGGGCAAAUCUAAGAAGGACAAGCCUCUUUCGCACGAGGAGAUAUGGGAUGACUCUGCUUUGGUGCAAUCCUGGGAUGAUGCGGUUGAAGAAUACAAGCUCUAUCACAGCAUCCACGCCAAAGGAGAGAAUAUUGAAGAUGUUUUGAAAGAAUCAAAAGCGGCAGAGCUUAGUGGGAAUGAUGGCAUUGUUGAAGAAGACGCCGCAGCAGUUGCUGAGGUGGAUAUUAUGGAGGCCGAUACCGACGACGUGGAGUCACUGCAUCACGAAACAGCGCCAAAUAUCCCCCAGAGUGGAAACUCCCAUGCUUCCUAUGCGGACAGCCCUGCUCUUCCUACCACUUCAGGAUCAACUUUGCCUACCGGCACGAUGCCAAUGCCCAUGCCUGGCGCAGGCUUCCCGCCUGUCCAAGACGAGAAUUUGAAACGCCUGAUGAUGGCCUGGUACUUUGCAGGGUACUACACCGGUCUUUACGAGGGGCAGCAGCAGGUCAACCAGAGCACGAACUAA